UUGUCGUUAUAUUGAAAUCGUCGCGACGGUGACGACACUACAGCAGCAACGAGACUUAGCGUGCUAAAUGCUUGAGGAUGUUCGCUCGGAGGGUAUGAGUGACCAGCACUCGUCGAAAUUCUCCUGCGUGGAAGAAUGACCAUAAAACUCUCAUGCCGAAGCGCGGUUUGGUCUUCGCUGUGCUUACAAUGCAGCAAAAUGUAUUGCGUGCUCAUUGCUUAUCGUAUCGGACAAAAUGCCCGAAUCUCCAUUGUCUCCUUUGCACUUACGCAAUGGCCCAGCAUGCGUAAUCCUGGAAGAGAAGAAACAGCACAGAUUGCCAAAGAGAGCUUUUUCCGAGUAUCCCCAUUCAUAUUCUGUCACGCCCAUAUUGUCGGACGGACUUACUCUUGUCGAUGGCGAUUGAACGGAAAGCUCGUAUAUCCGCAACCCUCUGCUGCAAUUGAAUGUAAUGAUCUCGUGGAUGAGAGGCCGUAAGGUUCGGUUGCCGGUCACUGAGAGAGUUGGUAAGUGCCUGCAUAGCGCACUCGCAUCGUUCACCUUCUCGAUGAAGUCAGUGGGCUGGCACUCGAUCAA